UCCUAGGACGUCGACGUCACGGCCAAAUCGGACCGUAAAUCGGCCGUCGCCGCUCGUGUAAGGCAGAGGGCGGGGGAGAGCGCUCUCGCUUGCUCGCUCGGGGUCGUUUUCGUCCCGGCCAGCUCUUCUCCACAGCUGCGGCCGGGGAUCUUUGGAAUGGCCGGCCACAAGGACGCGGGCGCCGGGAAGACCUCCUUGAAUCUUGUCACGGGAUUCUUUCAAUAUCUGCGGGAUGAGCAAGAAGCUGUGCAGAAGAGAACCUUCACCAAAUGGAUCAACUCUCACUUGGCUAAGCACAAACCACCACUGGAAGUCCACGAUCUUUUCGAGGACAUUAAAGACGGGUUGAAGCUCUUGGCGCUGUUGGAAGUGCUGUCGGGCCAAAGACUCCCUUACGAGCAGGGCCGUCAACUCAAGAGGAUUCACUGGCUUUCCAACAUCGGUACAGCGCUCAAAUUCCUGGAGGGCAGGAAGAUCAAACUGGUUAACAUUCACGCUACGGACAUCGCAGACGGACGACCGUCCAUCGUCCUUGGCUUGAUUUGGACAGUAAUCCUGUAUUUCCAGAUUGAAGAGUUGACAAGCAACCUUCCAGCUUUGCAGGCCUUGUCUGCCAGCGACUCGUCGGUGGAGAGCUCUGAAACGGGGAGCCCUCCCGCCAAGCGCAAAGUGGUCAAGUUUCAGGGCAGGGCCAAGAAGGCCCUGCUCAAAUGGGUGCGUGCCACCGCCACCGAACGUCACGGUAUCCAGGUGAAGGACUUUGGUCCCAGCUGGCGUGACGGCGCGGCCUUCCAGUCGGUGGUACACGCCGUGCGGCCCGACCUAGUGGACAUGCGGGCGGUGCGCUGCAGAAGCAACAAGGAUAACCUGGAGGAGGCUUUCGCGCUAGCGGAGAACGAGUUGGGCAUCCCUCGUCUGCUGGAUCCAGAAGAUGUGGACGUGGACGAGCCGGACGAGAAGUCCAUCAUGACGUACGUGGCUCAAUUCCUCAAGCUCUACCCCGACCCUCGCCGAUCGGACAAUGACGACAAUCGCCGCGACGAGUUUGACCCUCAAGACAUAGAGCAAAUGCUUGAGAGGGAGGAACGCAAGAUGCUGAGGGAGCUGAAGGCCUUCCUGGACCAGCUGGAGAGAGACGUGCUGAGGGCUCAGGCCGGCGAGGGCAACCUCACGGACAAGUACCAGGCCUUCAAGAACUUCCGCGUGCAGUACGAGAUGAAGAAGAAGCGGGCGGAUCCUCUGCUCCGGCCGUCGCGGAAGGACGGCGAGCUGUCGGCGGAGCAGACUCUGCUCAAACAGGCGCAGGAGCGCCUGUCCAUCAGGCUGCUGGACUGGCACAUCCACCUGGACGAGUCCUUGCCAGGUCCCCUGGGGGCCAUUGGAGCCUGGUUGCACAGAGCCGAGAUGGCCCUCCGAGAGGAGAUUCCCAUCCGGCGCGCUCAUGAUGAGACGGCCGACCUGAUCCGCGGGAAGCUGGAGCAGCACAAGGACGUGUUAAACAACCUGGAAUCGCACAGGCGACCGUUCCAGCAGAUUCACCGGGACAGAUCGGUCAACGGCGUCCCGGUGCCGUCGGAACAGCUCCAGGAUAUGGCGGAACGCUUCAAUUUUGUGUCGACGUCACGCCACGGCCACUUGAUCAAAAUGGAAUUCUGGGAGAGCAAGUACCGGCUGAUGGCCUUCCUGCUCUCGGCCGAAUCCAAACUCAAGUCCUGGAUCAUCAAAUACGGCAGGCGGGACUCGGUGGAGCUGCUGAUGCAGAGUUACCUGACUUUUGUCGAGGGUCACAAAUUCUUCGAGCGGUACGAGGUCCUUUACGCGGCGGCCCAGCGCACGGCAGAUGUCCUGAUCCGGUCCGACGCUUCAGUUGAGGAAACGGAGGGAGUGAGCAAAUUCCUGGCCGACGCGGCAGCUCAGUGGAAGAAUCUGACGCUGGAGGUGCGAAGCGUUCGUAGCAUGUUGGAAGAGGUCUUGGCCAACUGGAACAAGUAUGGCAGCACGGUAGCGGCUCUUCAGGCCUGGCUGGAGGACGCAGAGAACAUGCUGAACCGAUCCGAGGGCGCCAAGCGGGACUUUUUUGGCAACCUGCCCCACUGGGUCCGGCAGCACAUGGACAUGAACGACGCCGGAAACUUUCUGAUCGAGACCUGCGACGACGGCGUGUCUCGGGACCUCAAGCAGCAGCUCCUUCUCCUCAACGGUCGAUGGCGUGAGCUCUUCGUCAAAGUCAAAUACUACGCCCGGGCGGACGAGGUGGACAAGUUGAGGUGCGACUACCGUGACGGAAUCGACACUUUGAAAAUGUUCAUGGACACCACUGAUGAGAAGAUGAACGCCGUUGUGCAAGUGUCUUUCCUCAACGUCCGCGCCUUUGUUCAGGAUGUGGAGGAAAUCAAGCACAAAGUGCCAGCCCUGGAGGCAGCGUGCAAGGCGGCCGCUCGUGCUGCUCAGCUGCUGAGUAAAGACACUACGCCAGAGGAAGCGAGUCAGAUGACGGCAGCCAUCGCCUCAGUCAAGGAGCGGCUCGGCGAGGUGAGGGAGCGAUGUCUUCCUCUGCUGAAGGAGUCUCAGUCUCUCUUGGCGCCGUUGGAAGAAAUGGAAAAGAACAUCACCGGCUUCUACCAGGCCUUGGAGAAGGCUGGCCGGGUGACCGGCGACACCGACUCGGAGGGGCCCGUGCCGGACUUUACGGACGAGUGUCGGGUGAGGAGCCGCGCGUCCGUCGGCACCUCACGCCCGCAGCUGACGCCCGCUUUCCGGCAGGAGCUUGCGGCCGCCACACAAAGCUGCAAGAAGUGUCUGCUGACGAUCGAAAGGAAUCACCAGAGCGUCCUCAAGCUCCUGGACGCCAGCCCCGCGCUACGGCGCAUGGACACCGCUCUCCUGCAAAAAAGAGUAGCUGACCUCCAAUCCUCCUCGCAGGCCAUGUUCAACGAAGCCAGCGAGUGGAGGAAACGCGCCGAGGCCAACGGCGGCCUGAUGAAGAGGUUCGACGAGUCGCGGCUGGAGCUGGAGAAAGCGCUGGAGGCGGCCCAGAGCUGUCUGACAGAAAGAGGCGACCCGGAAGAGCUCCUCAAAAAACACACGGAGUUCUUCGGGCAGUUAGACCAGCGUGUCUUGAACGCCUUCCUGAAGGCUUGCGAUGAGCUGACUGACAUUUUGCCCGAGCGGGAGCGACUGUCUCUGCAGGAAACCGUCCGGGCACUGCACAAGCGCUGGAAGGACGUGCAGACCGAGGCCCCCUUGCGCCCGGUCCGCCUGAAAGUCGAGGCCGAGGGGAGCCGGCUGGCUCCGUUACUGCGGGAGUGUCAGGCCGAGCUGACUCGGGAGAAGAGGCGCCUGGUCGGCGCGGGCAGUGAGCGACUGAUCAGGGAGCAUCGGGCCUUUUUCGGAGAAAAGGGUCCUCAAACCGAGUGUGAGAAGAGGCUGCGUGCCAUGGAAGAACUCUGUCAGAAGCUGCCCGAGGGGGACUCAGCCCAGCGGAUCUCGGAGCAGUUCAGGAGAGAGUACUCUGAGGUCAGCGAGGAGAUCCAAAACACCCAUCAGAUGCUAAUGCGGCACCAGGACAAAUGGAAAGACUACAACGCCAGAUACGCCGAGCUUUCCUGCUGGUUGAUAUCCAAAGAAAGCCAACUUCGACUCUUGAGAAAGCGGGCGGGCGACCCCCAAAAAUAUGCUCAGGUCAAGGCUAGCGUGACGGAGUUGAGGAACGACGCAGAGCUACAAGAGGGUAACCUGGGCUGGCUGAAAGCCCGCAUGGCCGUCCUGACGGAGAUCGGCGCCGACGAAGACGCAAGAAGAGAGGGGAGCGCCCUAGGCAAGCUCUCGGCCGAUUUGAAGGCUCUUCUGGCAUCUCUGGCGGAGGCCGAGAAGACAGCGCUGGCUGUUGGUGACUGCGUUCGAUUCCGGGAGGAAGUUCGGACAACUUUGGAGGAUCUUCUUCAAGCGCAAAAGGAAGCUCGGGCUGAAGUCUCCGCCAUCCUGGAUUGUGCGACUGUGAGAGAAGCUCAGCAACUACUGCCAAUUCACCAGCAACUGGUAAAACGACUGAAGUUGAAGAGGAAGGAUGUUGAUCAGUUGAUCAGUAGGGGGCAACAGCUGCAGGUGGAGGAGGGCCUUGGUGAGACACUUCAGCAGGACCUGCAAAGUCUGGAGAACACGCUGAGCAAAAUGGAACAAAACAUGGAUUCCCACGAGCAGGGCCUUCAGAUGACCCUGGAUGCCUGGCAGGAGUUUGACAGCCAGCAGGAGGCCGUGCGCCAGUUUGUCAGCAAGGCCCAAUCCGGGACGGAGCCGGAACCCGCCUUCAGUAGUCCUGAGAGCCUGGCGGUUGAACUGGAACAGACCAGAGCGCUCCUGAAGCAAUGCGAGGCCGAAGCAUCGCAUGUCAACACUUUGCUCAAAAGGGCAGCGGAAAUCCAGCUGGGCCCCAACAGUAAAGCUCUGCUGCUAGAGCGGACCCGCUCCCUCGCCGAUCAAGUGGACCGAGCGGAGGCCAGCCUCCGAAAGGAUGUCCAAAGGGCAGAGGAGAUGAAGAACAAGUGGGAUGCCUUCAGAGGCCGCUUUCAGGCUUUUUCCUCCUGGCUUUCUGACAAGGAAGAGCAAGUGGACUCCUUGAAGGCCUCCGCUUCGACACCGGAGCAACAGACGGAGGUGCUCCAGGGCGUGGAGACAGAGCUCCGGGAACGGGCCGAGCUCCUCCCCGGACUGGAGGCCGAGUCCCGGGACGUGCUGCUCUUCGUUUCUUCGGGCGAGGCGGCUCGUGUCAAGGCCCGUCUGACCCAAACGGGGCGUUACUGGGACGAGCUGAGGGAGAGCGUGCGGCAGCUCCGUGACCAACUGCUAGAAAGUGCCUCACGCCGACAAAAGUUCUCGCAGAGCCUCGGAGAGGUGCAGGCGUCACUCCGUGAGCUUCAGUCAAAGCUGGAAGAGCCCAUGGAGAUAUGUGCUUCUUCAUCGGAUACCUACAGAGCCCUUCAAAACCACACGGACGCGUGUCAGCGGCUGGAGAGGCUAAAGGGAAGCCUGCUCUCCUUGUCGGCCAGCACCCGCCGACUCAGCGACGGGGGUCAAGCAGAGGCCGACGUGGAGGACUUGAGUAGCCGCUUGGAACAAAAUGCACAGGAAGCCAAGAAAAAGCAGGGCACCCUGGAGACGCUGCUGAACCUUUGGCAGAGCUUUGAGAAACAACGCGGCGACUUUGUUUCCUGUUUGGAGAGGAGCGAAAGCGCCGUUAAGAUAGAGAGUCGGCACCUUUCGGCUGACGGAGGAAAACUCCGCGCCGAGCUGCGGGAUGUGCGGGCCUCACUCGCAGAGGCGGAGACCCUUGAGCCCGCUCGCGCUCACCUGCUCUCCCUCGCGGCGUCGCUUUACGGCAGCGCGUCAGAAGAUACGGCGCGGCGGCUGAGGGAAGAGCUUGACGCCUUGCAGGAGAGACUGCGUGCCCAAAAUGAAGCUCUUCCUCAAAGAAUUCAGGAGCUCCAGGACCAGCUGUCCCGAGUAGAGCAGUUUGAGCGAGACCUGGAAGAGUUUUCCCAGUGGAGUGAAAAUGAGCUUUCCACUCUGCUCUCCUUUUCCGAAAUUGACCCGGCCAACCUGCGGACGGCCCGCCGACGAGUCCAAGAAAGCCUGGCCGCCUUGGAGGAGCGGGCGAGCGCCAAAGAGAGUCUGGACGCUCAGACGGAGAGUCUGUGCCGACGGUGCCGACCCGACGAGGCGCAAAUCCUUCGCGGCCGCGUGGACGGCCGAGUACAACCCUACCUGGAAGCUCGCCGCCUGGUCCUUUGGCGCUCCGAGUGCCUGGAAAAUCUGGAGAGCUUUUGGCGGACGCUGGAGGCGAGCACGGAGGUCGCAAGAGGCCUGCAGCGCGGCGCCAAAGACGGCGGGAGCUGGGAGGAACUCCAGCGACAGCUUUCCGCCGCCGUCCCAGAGGCGCGGCGGCUGGAGACGCUGGCCACAGACCUGGAUGCCGGCCUCCGCAAAAGCCGCCUGCGCCUGGCCGGCUCCCUGGAGACGUGCCGCGCGCUGGCCGACGCGCUGGGUGCCGAGUUGGACGCCGUCGGCAACCUGCUGGGGGCUAAGAGGAGCGAGGCCGAGGCCUCGGGGGCUCUGCGGGCAUCCUUCGGAGAGCGCAAAGAGCGACUGCUCAAAGCCGUGGAGGACGUGGAAGAAAAAGCCCGGCGUCGGAGCUUGAAAGAGCCCAGCCUUUUGGCGCUGCAGCAAAGGUCGCGCUUCUUCAAUCAGCUGGAGGAUGAGCUGCGGUCGCACCGGCAUGAGGCCCAGUGGCUGAGGGACAAGGUCGGGCAGCUGGCCCGGCGAGACGUCGCUCUGGCCGGGGAGGCGCGAGAGGAAAUGAGCCGGCUGGAGGCUGCCUGGGAUGACGCCGAGAGGCUCCUUGCUGAGAGACAAGAGCAGUGCGACGUCAUUACCGAGCUCCUGAGAGAGUAUCAAACGUUGAAAUCGGCCGUCAGCGGCGCAAUGGAGAGCGCAGAAGCCCUGCUGGAUAUCACUUACGCUCUGACGGACCACGAGGAAACCAAACGCGCCCUCAUCGAGCACGAAGCGGUCAAGACGCGGCUGGCCGAGGCGCAACCGGAACUGGAGUGCUUUUCCGACAAAGGGAAACGGUUGGCGGCUGAAUUGAAGAAGGUGCCGGAGUGUGACUGGCAAACGUUAAAAAAAGAGACGGAGACGCUGGUGGACCGCUGGCUGGACGUGUCCGAGAGGCUGGAUGAAAACCUCCAUCGCUUGAAGCCAACUUUCCUCCUGUGGGAGGACGUGCGGCACAUUGCGGAUGACGUGGAAAGCUGGAGCGGCGACUGCAUGACAGAACUCCGCGAGAGCGCGGACCGCCUCGACGACAGUCGCAAGCUGGCGGCCAGACUCUCCACACUACAAGAAGAAAUAGGCCAGAAGGAGCUGAAGCUGGUAUUGCUGCGGAGCAAAAUGACCGAGUUGAGGAGCAGCUGCCAAAGUGGGGAAAGCCCUUCCAAACCGCAGUUGCUGGCAAGCGACCUGGAGAAAAAGAUGGAUUUGGUUCGGAAGCUGCACGGACAGGCGCUGGGAAACCUGCUGGACUUCAGCUCCCAGAAGAAACUGCUGGAAGAUUACAUCGCGCAAAUGUCUGCUUGGCUCAAGAGCACGGAGGACACCUUGGUCUCGUCCCCUGCCGCUUCAGGUCCAGAGGACGUCUGCCGAAUCAAGGAGAUUCAAAAAGAGCUUGAAAAUCAGCAAGGAAGCAUCGACUCCACCAGAGAAAGCCUGAACAACCUGUGUCGCAAAUACCCCUCGGAGGAACUUUCCGCUUUGGGUUCGGCACUCACCGAGCUCAUCAAGACGUACGAGUCUGUCAACCGGGUUUCGGCCAGGACUUUGGCGUCCCUGCAGAAUGGUCUUUGUCAACGGUUCGACGACGGAGUUCAGGAAUUCCACGCUUGGCUGCGAGAGCAAAAGGAGAUUGUCAAAGAGUGCAGCGACCGUUCCGGAGACGCUCACUUAGUUGAACGCAAAUUACAGAAACUGAAGGGUGCCGCGGAGCGCAUGGAGGAUGGCGAGGCGCAUCUUACGCGGGUCUGCGAAGAAGGAGAGAAGCUUCUGCUCCAUCUCCCCAAGGCCAAUGCCGGACAAGUCCAGCAGCAGCUCUCGUCCGUCCAGCAAGACUGGGACAGCUUCGUGGAGCGGUGCAGGCACAACCGACAGAUCCUGGAGGACAGCGCGUCCCUCGUCAAAGGGUUUGAAGAUGGUCUCAAAAGACUGGAGCAGUGGUUGGAGCGCACGGAAAAUAGGAUGGAUGCCGAUCUGCCGGAAGCUGAGCAAUGUUCUCCUGAAAAGACGUUACUUCAACAGGCAGAGGAGUAUCAGCAGGAAGUGCUCAAACAAAGAGAUUCCUUUGAGCGCUUGUGUGAGGAGGCGCGGGCCCUAAACGAAGGCGGGCGGGGCGACGGCGGAGAGACGCGGGUGUCGGCUCGGCUGGACGCUCGCCAUCGGGCAUUGCUGCGACGGGCGAACGAGAGGCUACGCGGCUGCCAGCUGGCGGAGCAAGAGCGUCGGGCCUUCCGGGAGACGCUGGCGGCCACCGGAAUUUGGUUGAACGGAAUCCGGGAGCGACUGUCCACGCUGGACAGCACCGUCGGCAAUAAAGAGACCCUGGAGAAAAGGCUUCUGCUUGUGCAGGAUAUCCUUCUGAUGAAGGGCGAAGGCGAGGUAAAGCUCAACGUGACGGUCGGAAAAGGAGAACAGGUCCUGAAACACUACGGCGCGGACGGGCAGGAGGCCGUUCGCGCACAGCUUCAGGACCUGAAGGACGCCUGGGCUAAUAUGUUGAUCGCUUCCAUGAGCUGUCACAGUCGCCUGGAGUGGACGGUGUCUCAGUGGAACGGCUUCCUGGACGGCGAGAACCGGCUCCGGCAGUGGAUGGAGUCGGUGGAGGGGGAGGUGGCCGCCGUUCUCCCUCAGCAGCCCGGCCUCAAAGAGAAGUCGGCUCUUCUGGUGCGCCUCCUCGCCAUCCGGGCGGACGUAGAUGCCCGCGCCGCCGCCUUGUCACGUCUCACCGACAAGGCAGCGGAGCUGUACGAAAAGUCCGCCGACCAGACCUUCGGACCCGAGUCGCGGGCGGAGCUGCGAGCGCAUUUCGCCGACAUCUCGGCCGUCGUCGAGGGUAAAAUCCAGUCGGCGCAAAGCGCGGUGUCGGAGCACGAACGCUACUUGGACGCCGUCCGAGACUUCAACGACUGGUUGAGUUCGGCCAAGGAGGAACUGCAGCGCUGGUCCGACCUAUCAGGGGACUCAGCCUCCGUUCAAAGGAAACUCUCCAAAGUCCAGGAGUUGCUGGACUCCAAGGAGCCGGGUCGGGAGAGGCUCGCCCGGGUGCAGACGUGCGGGGCGGCGGCCAGAGACCGCACCGGCCCGGGGGGCUACGAGGCCAUCGAGCGCGAGGAAGCGGCCCUCUCAUCUGCUUGGGAGCAGUGGGAAGGAGCGGCCAUCCGGACCCGCGCAGCCCUGGAGACGGCCCUCUCUCAGAGCACCGCCUCCGAGCAGGAGUUCCGAGCUCUGUUGGCUCGGCUGGAGGGAGAAGCGCGGGACCUGGGCCGGCGGAUUCACGACUGGCGUCUCGGACUGGCACGAGCUGAGGGCCAGGCCGAGGGAGGGGAGGCCGUCCGAGGAUGGCGUAUUGCGAAGGACAUUUUGGAAGAGAUGGCGAAAGCUGAGCCCGCAUGCGAUAGCCUGAAGACUCAGCUCAACGAUUUGUGCCGCUUCUCCGGAGACGUGGCCGCCCAGUCGGAAAGAGUGUCGGCCCUUGUCAAGGAAUAUAACAGUUUGAGUCUGCGAGCCGCCAAGGAGUGCCAGAGCAAAGAGAAGUCGCAGGAACAGGCCUUCCGUUCAGACUACAGGGACUUCCAGCAGUGGCUCGUCAACACCAAGAUCAACACGGCCAAAUGCUUCGACGCACCGCAAAACCUCUCCGAGGCUUUGUCGAGCUUGCAGAAGAUCCAGGAGUUGGUCGGCGACAGAGAGCUGGGUCGGUCCAAGCUCGACAGCGCAGCGGCCGCGGGCGAGCUUCUCUCUGCGAUGGCCGGCAAAGAUAAAGCAGAAUCAGUUCGGGUCAAGAUGGGCAAGGCUCUUGAGGACUGGAAGAACACGGUGUCUGGUCUUCACGAGCGAGAGCUCCAUCUACAAAACCUGGCGACGGAAAUGAAGGAGUUCGAGAGCGGCGCCGAGCCCCUCCGGGAAUUCCUGGACACCAGCGAGACGGCCGUGCGAGAGAGCGAAGCGCGCCUCCCGGAUCUCCCAGCCAAGAAGGCCGAGCUCCAAAAACUUCAGUCUACGCUGGAGGAUCUGGAGUCCCGGCAAGUCCACCUGAGCAGGCUGAAAGAGAAAGCCCGGCAGCUGUCGGAGCAACACGCAGCCGGCAAGGCUUUUGCGCACCGCGUCUCGCAGCUCUCUGCUCGCUUCCUAGCUUUAAGCAACCUGACUAAGGAGAAGACGUCGCGGAUGGAGCGCAUAGUGAGCGAGCACCAGCUCUUCAAGCGGGGCUUGGAAGAGCUGCGGGACUGGGUGGCUGACACCAGCCACGUGCCGCAAGCCUACUGUGCCCCCACAGCUGACAAAAAUGUCCUGGAUAGCCGCCUCAUCAAGCUUGAGGCCUUGCUGACAGCCCGCCAGGAGAAGGAGAUCCAGCUGAAGAUGCUGAUCACCAGAGGCGAAUCGGUCCAGAGGAACACCUCGGACGAAGGCGCGGCCGCGCUCCGGGAGCAGAUAGAGCAGCUGAAAGACUCUUGGGACGCUCUGCUGUCAGACUCCAUUCAGUGCAAAAGCCAAUUGGAGGCUUCCCUGUGGCAGUGGACCAGUUACCAGGAGGACGUGCAGCAGUUCGUCAGCUGGCUGGAGCGAACGGAGGAGAAUCUGGAACCGGCCGAUAAACGCUGUCCCGAGAUGCGCGACAAGACCGCACGUCUUAGCAGAGCCAAGGCUCUGUAUGAGGAAGUGCUGAGCCACGACGCCCUGCUGGCCACUGUUGCGACUAAAAGCGCAAGUGUCGCAGAGAACGACACAGCUUCGUUGGAGCUGCAGGACCUCCAAGAGCGCUACGACGCCAUCAAAGAUGACGCUGCGGGGGCCGUGGGCAAAGCAGAGGAGAUGCUGAAAGUUCACGAAGAGUAUCAACGAGGCCUAGGAGCGUUUGAGCGCUGGCUUGAACGGCAACAGGAGAAGCUGGGCUGCUACGAGCGGCCGGAGGGCGACGUGGACACGCUGGAGGAGACGCUCCAAAGGCUGCAGGAACUCCAGCUUCACUGCACCGAGGGCCAGGCCCUCCUCAACGCGGCGCUGAUGGGCCGAGAGUCGCUGGCGCCCUGGGGGCCGCCGCAAAUGGAAGAGCGGGUCCUGGAGGCGCAGCAGCGGGAGUGGAAGACGUACCGGGCCCGGCUGGCCGACGCACGGGCCCGACUCAAUGGCGCCUUGGCCAAACUGCGACAGACGGAGCAGAGGUUCCAGCGUCUGGACGGAUGGCUGAAGGCCAUGGAGACCAAAGCACAGCUGCGAGGCCACCGCCGCUCAGACCGGGCCACCAAAGAUGCCCAGCUACACUCGCUGAAGACGUGGCAAGAAGAAGUGCUGGUUUAUCAAGAAGAGAUGGAAGGCCUCGGUGUCUUAGCUCAACAAGUUCUUGAUGAGACGCAUAUCAACAGCCGGAUUGGCACCAGAGCCACCCAGAUCACGGCCCGUUACCACGCCUUACUCCUGCACUUACUGGAGACCAUCAAGCAGCUGCAGGAGGAAGUGUCCUGCAUCGAGGAGGCGCAAUCUGUCUUAAGCGCAUUCUCCGACUGGCUCCUCAACGCAGAGAGCGGCCUCCGCGCCAUCGACGCAGACAUCCCAGAUGGCUCGGCCUUGGAGAGAAAGAUCAAACAUCUAGAGGUUCUUCAGGCAGAUGUAGAACAAGGGCAGGCCAACCUGAAGACGGUGAGGGAGAAGACGGAACAGGCGGCCGCCUUCUUGGAAGAAGACGAAGCAGAGGAGCUGAGGGAGGAGGCCAAUGGCCAAGUGAGACGACUGGAGGAGCUGCUGGCGGACCUGCGCGCCCGGCACAACGCUCUAGAGAAGUGCGUCUUGCUCUCAAAAGACUUUGCGGAGAAGUACAAGGCCCAGACUCAGUGGCUUCUGGAGACCAUGGGCCUGCUGGCAUCUGGCGCAGAGCCCAAAGCAGAGCUCUAUCAGAAGAAGGCGCAGCUCGCAAAGUACAAGACAAUCCAGCAGGUGGUGCAGUCUCACGAGUCCGCUGUGAAGUGCGUCACGGAGAAGGGUGAAGCCCUUCUAGACACGGUCCGCGAUCCGCUCAUUCGCGAGAACAUGAAAAGCCUGCGGGUGGAUUACCUGGAGCUAUGCUCGUUAGCCGAGACACAAGUCCAGAUCCUGGCGGAACGUGUGAAGGAGCACGAAGAUUACAACGUGGAACUACAGGAGGUGGAGAAAUGGCUGUUGCAGAUGUCGAGUCGGCUGGUCACGUGGGAAUCUAUGCAGACCGGCAGCAUGGAGACAGCCACCCAGCAGCUGGCUCGGCACAAGGCCAUAAUGGAGGACAUAGCAAGUUUUGAGGAACGUCUCAACAGCUUGAAGCAGAAAGGAGAAGAACUAGUCUCCAGUUGCACUGAGCAAGUUCAAGCUAAGAUAAGCCAACAGGUCCAAGCACACCAACAGGGAACCAGAGAUAGCUACUCCGCCAUCUGUAGCACAGCUCAACGAGUGCACCAAAGUCUGGACCGAGAACUUCAGAAACAUGUGAACCACCAGGAUACCCUCCAGCAGUGCCAGACGUGGCUGGCGGCCAUACAGGAGGAGCUCCGGCUGAACGACCAGCAAGCGUCCGGGCUGCAGGAAGCACUGAAACAGACAAAGCACUACAGGGCCCUCCAGGAGCAGGCCAGCACUUACCUUGACCUGGUGUGUUCCGUAUGCGACCUGUCCGACGAAGCUGUUCGAACGACGGCCGCCGAGGUCCAGAGGGUCAAGAUUACUAUCGAAGAAAGCAUGUCGAGUGCUCAGGAGCUCUCGGAGGCUUGGAGGGAGAUCAAGGAGCAGAAGCAAGAUUUGAGCAGCCUGUUCCAAGAUCUGGAGCAGCAACUUGUCAGUCUGUCAAGAAGACCUGCCGAGUUGGAGACGAAGAUAGCUGAAAACAUGUUGGCUCAAGCCAAGGAAUGCAGCGAUCAGCUCCAGUCCAAACAAAAUAUCCUCAACAAAAUGACAGAGAAAGUCAGCAGACUGUGUCUGGUCCAAGACUCUCCGGAACACGCAGAGCUAGAGCACCUGAGUCGCUCCUGGUUGGACCUUUGUCACAAGGCCAGUGGUCUGCAGGUCCAGAGGCAGGAGGAGUUGCAGAGGUCGAAAGAGUACCACAACUGCAUUACUGCAGUGGAGGUCCUGUUUGAGCAGGUGUCCAAAGAGUGGGAUAAUCUGGCCAGGACUGACGCCGAAAGUUCCUCUCAGCAUUUGGAGGCCUUACGCAAACUGGCGGUAGACUUGGAAGGUCAAAAGGAUACACUGGAGGAACUAAAGGACUGUAAGCAAAAAGUCAUCCGGCCCUUGAACUUGGAUGACAAGGAACUGGUGAAAGAGCAGAUUAGCCACUUUGAGCAGCGAUGGUCCCAGAUGCAAAAUCUCAUCGAGAGGAAAAUCCAGGAGUCUGCACUGACCCUGGACGAGAUGGCCCAGGUGGAGGCUCGUCUGAGGGAGGCUCGGGAUUGGGCAGAGGAGCAGCAGCCCGCUCUGUCCGAGGCUAUGAAAAUGAGUCCUCCCCCAGAGUUGGCUCAGAGUUUCCUCUUCGACCACCUGAGCGUUUGCAGCGAGUUGGAGGCCAAGCAGCUCCUGCUGGCCCAAGCCGUGGCUGACUCAGACCGGAUUCUAGGGCGUCUGGGCCUGAGCGAACGUCAGCGUCUGCAGCAGCUGAUUUCCGACACCCGGUCCGAGGUGGAGUCUCUCGGCGUCAAAGUAGCGCAGCGCAGAAAACACCUAAGCAAGGCUUUCACCGAGAGGACUCACUUCCUGGUGGCGGUCAACCAAUCAAUUUACUGGGUCCAGCAGAAUGAGAAGAAGGCCCGGGCCGAGGAGCGCGCGGCCUUGUUGCCCGAGGACCUGGCCAAGCAGGUUCGAACCUGCCGCAACAUCCGGAGUAGUUUGAAAGCCUACCAGAGCGAGCUGACAUCCCUGUGGUCUCAGGGGAGGGACCUGAUGAGGGACGCCAAUGAGGAGGAGAGGAACGAGAUUCUGGCCAAGCUGCAGGAGUUGCAGAACAUCUUUGAUAAAACCCUGCACAGGUGUGGCCAGAAGCUUCAGGAACUGGAGAAAGUCUUUAUCACCCGGAAGUACUUCAAGAACGACCUGGAGAAGAUAUGCCAGUGGAUAAAACAAGCAGACAUCGUGACCUUUCCCGAAAUCAAUCUCAUGGUUGACAAUGCCGAGUUGGAGGCGCAGCUGCUCAAAUACCAGCAGAUUGUGGAGCAGGCGGCAGAGUACGAGAAUCUCCUCCUCCUCGUGCAGAGAGCGGGCCAGGAUAUUUUGCCCACCCUCAAUGAAGUAGAUCACUGCUUUUUGGAUGAAAAACUCAAUUCCCUCCCUCAGCAGUACAACAACAUAUUAGCAUUAGCCAAAGAGAAACAGGAGAAGCUCCAGCAGGCUAUCUUCACACGGAACGAGUACGCCUCUUUCGUGGAUGUCACGCAGAAGGCGCUCGAGGAGCUGGAGGAGCAGUUCCGGCAUCUGGGCACGCUGCCCGUCGGCACUCAGGCUGAGGAGGUGUUGGGUCUGCGGAGCCGGUACAAAUCCAUCCGAGGCGAUCUGAGCGACCUGGGCCUGGCAGUCGGCGAGCUCAACCAGAAGAAGGAAGGCUUCCGGAGCACCGGGCAACCGUGGCGCCCGGAGGAGAUGAACCGCCUCGCCAGCCUCUACAAUGGCCUGAAGAGGUUAGUGGAGCAGAAGGUGGAGCACCUGGAUGAAACCUUGGAGUCCUUCGAGGACCAAAAAGCCAUGGCCAUGCAAGUCGACUCGGAGCUGAAGGCAACCAAAGAGCGGCUGGUGAAGGUCAACGCCGAGACUCAGUCAGCGGAAGAGAGACUGAAGAACUACCACGCUCUGGCCGGGAGCCUUCAAAGCGCCGACUCCCACUUGUCCAGGCUGACUGAGCAGAUGGGCGCUCCGCGUUCAGACACCACGGUCCACGACGCCUCCAAGGAGCAAGUGGCCCUAUGGCAGGAGGAGCUGCGAUCCCUGCAGGCGGCGGUGGGUGACCUGAUCGAGGAGUGCGAGAACCGCUUUGUGCAGAGUAAAGACUUUGAGACGGAGAUGCGGAGGACGCUGGCCUGGCUGCGGCAGGUGCAGCAGCAGACUGCCUCUGCUGUCACCGUGGACGUGCGGGUGGAGAAGGUGCAGGAGGAAAUCAGGAAGCAGCAAAUCAUGCAAGAAGAAGUCCGCUCCAGACUGAGGAUUGUUGCGGCUCUGAGUAGCAGGGAGAAACUCAAGUACGCCGGCGCCAAUGAGCUGCCACCCUGCCACGUGGACACUGAUCUCGGAGAAAUGGCCGAACUGCAAGCGGAGGUUCAGAAACAGCUCGGUUCCAAACAGGUGACUCUGGAGCAGGCCCUGCUGCUGUGCCAACAGUAUCACUUCAGGAUGCAGGCGGCCUGCGAGUGGCUGGAAGACGCCGUGUCCUUCUUGCAGCAGGCCGGCUCGGGGGUUGACGUGGAGAACUACGAGGAGUGCCUCAGACAGCAGGACGGUGUCGUGGCUACCGAGCGGGAAUUCCUCGUUCACCUGGAGGAGCUGGAGAGCCUGCUGCCCCGGCUGGAGGAGCUGCUCAAUCCCGUGGCCAAAGAGCAGCUGCGGCUAAGCGUGGAAUCGGCCAAGCAGAGGGGCCUGGAAGUCAGAGAUCGGCUCAGAUCUCACCGGGACGUCCUUCACGGCUGCGUGGCUAAGUGGAAAUCGUACCAGGAGGCGCGACAGACCGUCAUCGAGCUGAUGAACCAAGCCGAGAAGAAGCUCACCCAGUUCUCUACUGCCAAGGCAGCAACCGGCCAAGAGGCCGAAGACAAGUUGCAGAGUCACCAGAGCUUGGUGUCGUUGGUCAACGGCUUCCAAGAGAAACUGAGCAGUCUGGAGGAGCAAGCGGCUCAGCUGGAGCAAGUGGGCAGCGAUGCCAGCAAGGCCACCAUCAGUCGCUCCAUGACCACCGUGUGGCAGCGCUGGAGCAGACUCCGCAGCGCGGCCCGUAGCCAGGAACGCGUUCUGGCUGAUACUGCGCAAGAGUGGAGGACUUUCCGGGAGAAGAUGAGCAAGGUGCAAGCGGUCGUCGACGAGCUCCGGGGUCGGGUGCCGAACACCGCGGCGGAGAAGGCGUCCAAGGCCACCCUGCGUUCCCUGCUGGAGCAACACGACGUCUUGAGCCAGGACCUGGAGAGAGAGCUGUCCUCCUUGACCCUCGUGCGCCAAUACGCCCUCAGCCUUCUGCAUGACGUGGAGGUGCCCUCGCCCACCGGCGAACAGGACGAGCUCCCCGGCCUCAAGGAGAUCAGGCUGGCGCAGGACCAGUUGGACGGUCUCCUGACACUGUCCAGGACCAAGCGAGCUCAGGCGGCUCAAGAGCUGAGGGAGCGAGAAGAAGUGGAGCGAGAACUUGGCGUGGUGAAAGCCUGGAUCCAGGAGACCAGGGAGCUUCUUUUCAACCCCCCAUCUGACCUGGACUCUCUACUUCAGGAACUAGAGACGGUCCACGGAGACGUGAUCACGUACCGUCAGAACGUGGACAAAUUAGCCGAGCGGCAACAGAGCAAGUACCUGGAUCUCUACACCAUCUUGCCCUCCGAAAUCUCCAUGCAGUUGGCCGAGGUCUCGCUGGCUCUAGGGGCCAUCCAAGAUCAGGUUCUGUCCAAAGAGAGAGACCUGCAGAAAAGCAGAGAAAUCAAAGAGGAGUUGACUUCCGGAAUCCAGAGGGUGUCAGAAAAACUUCAAGUCAUCUCUGACAAGUUCCAGGAAAAAUCUCCAGACGUCGACCAAGCCAAAGAAGAAGUCCAGAGGCUAGCCGAGGAAUUGGACAGCUGUGGUCGUAGCCUGUCUGAGCUGGACGCGGCCGUGCGGGAGUUCAGCCGCCGCGACCCUCUGCAGGCCAAGCAGCUGAGCGACGCCGUCGGGAAGCUGUCAGAGAUGCGGCGUCACACAGCUCGACUGGCUGACUGCCGCAACAACUGGCUCAAAAAGGCCGUCUGCUAUUUGGACGAGUACCAUGAAACGCUGGACUUUGUGGAGACGUGGUCGGAAAAAGCCGAGGACCUGCUGCGGGCCGAUGCCGUCUGGGACUCGUCGCUUCACCUACGGGAGCAGAUGGGGACGCACCAGGCCGUCCUGCGAGAGUCUCGCGAACUCCGCGGGGACCUGGAGUCUGUGGAGGAGAAAGUGGAGCUCCUCUCCGAAGUCCUGCAAGCCGAAUCCAUGAGCCGGCGAGUCUGCGAACUCGGCCGGAGGGCCGACGAACUCCAGGGAAGCCUGCGGACGCGGCUGCAGAGCCUGGACGAAGCCGAAAAGAGUCUGGAAGCACUAGAAUGUGAGGUGAAGGCGUUACACGGCGCUCUGGAGCAGGUUCGAUCGGCACUGACGUCACCCGAGCUGGCUCGCCAGAGCCUCAAAGAACAGCUGAUUCAGAGACAACGUAUGAUGGCAGACAUGGAGAGUUUGAAGCAGCAGGUGCAGGCGGUGCAGGUGUGCCAGAGCGCUUUGCGGGUGCCCGAAGAGGUGAUGCCAGACUUGGCCGUCUGCCACACGGCGCUACGUUUGCAACAGGACGCCAGCCACUUGCAGCACGUGGCCAUCCAGCAGUGCAACAUCCUACAGGAAGCCGUGGUGCAGUACGAACAGUACGAACAGGAAGUCGGAGAGCUGCAGGGCUUGAUCGAAGAAGCGCACCGCGUCAUCCAAGACCGCCCUGUCACUGCCGGCAACAUCCAGGAGCUCCAGGCACAGAUCCUCCACCAUGAAGAGCUGGCCCAAAAGAUCAAGAGCUACCAAGAACAGAUCGCCUCGCUUAACUCCAAGUGCAAAAUGUUGGCAGUGAAGGCCAAGCACGCCACGCUUCUGCUGACCAUCGGCGACGACUCGGAAAUCGGCGACCGCAGAGAGGAGACGCCUGCAACGAUGACGGCGCCGACCCGCUGCCACGCCCUCCCUUCACCACUCGGCGAGGAGUCCAGCGAGGAGGGCGCCGGCAGCUCUGUGUCCUCCCUCGGUGGCUGUCGCUCGCCUUCGCCGCCCGCCGACAGUGACGAGGCCGGACCGGGCACACUGAAAAGGGCUCCGGUCCAAGAACUGUACGACCCCACGUCCAAGUCGGCGGCCGACCUGGACGACCUGCAGCGGUCGUGGGAGACGUUAAAGAACGUGAUGAGCGAGAAGCAGAGAACGCUGUACGAAGCUCUGGAGAAGCAGCAGCGCCACCAGGCCUCGCUGCGGUCGGUCUCGUCCAAGAUGGAAGCGCUGGAGGCCAAAUUGAGCCGAUACCCAGAGGAUUACGCCGAUCCAGAUAGUUACCAGAUUUUGCUCCAAGAGAUGGAGAGCGCCCAGGAAGACGUGGAUCGUAUCCAGAGCAGCUCCCGCGGAGACGAGGCCGCCUCCGCCGAGCGCUCGUCCGUGGCCGUCCUGGCUCAGAGGAUGGCUGCCAUCCGCGCCGAGGCCUCAGGGAAGCGGCGGCUCUCGGAGGAACGAGCCACCAAUUGGCUGGAGGGCCUAAGGCGAGAUGAGGCCUAUUGGGCGAGGGUGGAAGAGCUGGAAUGCUGGUUGGCGGAGGCGUGCCGGAGUGCCGCCGUCAUCACGGAGGACCCAGAGACACACGAGGCCUGGCGUCAGAACACACUGCUGGACAUCGAGGAGAAGGUCCGAGCCCUCUCGGAGUUGUCGGCGCGCGACCGGGAGCCGCCGCCAUCGCCGGAGGGCCGCGCCGAGGUUGAGCGACUGGCCGGGAGGCUGCGCGCGCUCAAGGGAGGCCUGCUGGAGCUGCAGAAGAUGUUGCAGGAGCACAAGAACCACCGCGCGCAGGGCCCCGCGCAGGAGACGGAGGAUGACGAGACAGACUCCGGUCUCUCUCGGAGCCCCGGCGUCCGAGACUGGGUGGCUGAGGCCCGGAGCGCGCGUUCCCAACAGCGCCAGGACACUCUUCAGAGUCAAAGGGAACUGGAGGAGCAGCUCGCCGAGCAGAAAAAGCUGCUACAGUCUGUGGCCAGCAGGGGAGAGGAGAUCCUCAUCCGGCAGGCGUCGCCCGGCACUUCCACCGCUUCGGAGCCCUUUUCAAGCCAGGCGCUGGCCGAGAAGGACGCUGAUGCCGCGCGCCAGCAGAUGAGGCGGAGGUGGGAGUGUCUGCGGCAGGAGCUCAAAACCAAGAUGCAGCUCUUGCAAAAGAAUCUGGAGCAGGACCGCCAACAGACGGUUUAUUCGUGCGGAGCGCCACUUUUAAAAGAGCAACUUCAAGCCGACGCCUCGUCGCUCAAGACUCUUUACGACAGCUUCAGGCUGACUCUGCAAAAAUCUCAGUCCGGCGACAGCGGCGAGACGCCAGCAUCCGAGACAGAGCACUGUCUCUACACGGCUGUGUCGUCCACGUCCACCUGGCUGGACGGCGUGGAGAACACGGCGUUGUCGGACUGGCCGGCGUCGGCCGACGACGCGGAGGCUCGGCUGGAGAUGCUGGCGAGCGAUUUGGGUCGGGUGGUAGGGGAGGUGAUGCGCUGCCAGACUUUGCUGGCCGACUGGUCGGGCUGGAGGCAGGAGGAACGAGCCUUGCCGGAAGAAAAUCUGGACUGCUUGAAAGAGAGACUGGGGGCCGCGGGCGCCGCUCUGGCUCGAAGCCGCGACCGAACCGGGACCAGGACUCGGCAACUCUCGGCCUACCAGACCGAAGUUCAGCAUCUCCAGACAGCUUUAACGGAGACCAAGCGCCGGGUCCUGCAACUUUUAGCCCAAGCCGCGGACAGGCCGGCCUCGGAACAGCUCCAGGUCGUCGCCGGCGCAGAAGAGGACCUGAAGGCGCUGGAGCACAAGAUGGCGGAAGUGAAAAGCAGAGGAGCCGCCCUGCAAGCGCAUCAAGCGUCAACAGAUAAAAUGCUCCACCUUCAGGACGCCUAUGAGGAACUGGCCAUGACGGUGGGCUCUCGGCGCAGCGACUUGAAGCAAAACGCGGCACUCCAGUCGCAGUACGAGCGCGCCUUGCGGGACCUCAACGACCUACUGGACACGGCCAAGGGCAAGAUGGCCGCCGACCGCCGGAUCGUCGCCAGCUCGGCAGAGGAGAUCUACGAUCACUUGGACAAACACAAGGAGUUUUUCCAAGGUCUCGAGUCCCAUAUGAUUUUAACGGAGACGUACUACGGCAAUAUCGCCAGCCUGAUGCUUCCCGAAGAGAGACGGGUGCUGCAGGAGACGCUGAAACAGGCUCAGGGCAUCCUCCGGCAGGCGCACUCUAAAGGCGUGGAGCUGGAGGCCAUUUUGGAGACGUGGCACCGCUUGGUGGAGGAUUAUCAGCAUCUGGAUGCCCAUUUGGAGGAUAUGGAAGAAGGAAUCCCUGCGGUGGGACUUCUGGAGGAGAGCGAAGAAAAACUAGCAGAGCGGAUAUUGCUCUAUCAGGGGCUGAAGGGGAAGCUUGUGGAGCAGCAACACAAACUACAGCAGGUCCUGGGCGAAGGCAAACAUCUCCUACUGUCUGUGUGUUGUCCUGCUCUGGAGAAUCAACUGGCCGUUCUAGGCGAACGCUGGCUGGACAACACCAACAAGGUCAACAAGGAACUGCAGCAUCUGGAGGCCAUCCUCAAACACUGGACCAGGUAUCAGAGACAGAGCAGCGAGUUAAGCGAAUGGUUGCAGUCCGCUCUGGAACGGCUGGAAUUCUGGAACACGCAAGCGGUCUUGGUCCCGCAGGAGUCGGAGACCAUCAGAGACCACCUCUCUGCAUUUCUGGAGUUUUCCAAGGAAGCGGAGAGCAAGUCCGACCUGAAGUGCUCCGUGGUCGCCGAGGGCGGCCAGCUGCUGCGCUUGAAGAGGGCGGACACGGUGGCGCUGCGCUCGGAUUUGGCCCGCAUCGACAAUCAGUGGAGCGAGCUAUUCACGCGCAUACCGGUUGUGCAAGAAAAGCUUCACCAGAUCCAAAUGGAGAAGCUGGCCUCCCGUCACGCCUUCUCAGAGCUGUUUAACUGGAUAUCGCUGAUGGAGAACAUCGUGGAGGAGGACGAAGAAAACCUCAAGAGUGCCGUAGGAUCCCACGUCAUUCGGGACUGCUUGCAAAAAUACAAGUGCUUAAGGGUGGAUUUAAGCUGCAAGCAGUUGACGGUGGACUACGUCAACCAGUCGGUGCCGCACCUGAGCGCUCGCGACGCAGAGAGCAAGCGCAGUGACAAGACUGAUUUCGCCGAGCGUCUGGGCACCAUGAACAGGCGCUGGCAGAUCUUACAGGGCCGGAUCAACCAGCAGAUCCAAUUCCUGGAGAACCUGCUGCAGAUGUGGCUGGAGUACGAGAGUAGCGUUCAGAACCUCAAGUCCUGGAUGGGAACUCAAGAAGAACGGAUGAAGAGGAAACACGGGACAGAGGACCCGAUUUCGGUGCAGAACGCGCUGAAGGACUGUCAGGAAAUGGAGGAGCUUCUCAAGAGCAAAGGAACAGAACUGGAGCGGGUGGAGGAGCAGGGUUGUGCUCUUGUCCAGAACAAAACCGACGAGGCCUGCGCUAUCGUCAUGGAGACACUCCAAGGCGUCAACCACACCUGGGCCAACCUGAAUCACCUGAUCGUCCAGCUGAAGAUCAGCCUGACAUCGGCGUCGGCUCGGUGGAGUCUCUACAAAUGCGCAUUAGAGGAGAUCAACGGUUACCUGACGGAGGGACGAUAUUCCUUGUCCCGCUUCCGCCUCCUCACCGGUUCGUUGGAGGCCGUUCAACAGCAGGUGCAAGGUCUCGAGAGUUUACGAGAAGAGCUGGAGAAGCAGGAGAGCAGUCUGAGGAAGUUGGCUGCCGUCACGCAGCAGCUGCUGAAAGAGUGUCACCCGUCUGUGUCGGAUUCCCUCCAUCGUGCCCUCGAUGAUGCCAACGCAAGAUGGUCCGCUCUUCUGGACGAAAUAUCAGAGCGUCUGAGGAGCGCCAAAGCUCUCCGGCAACUGUGGGAGAGCUACGAGGACCUCCGCCAGCAGAUUUCCACCAGUGUUCUUCUCCAGGAAGAGAAAACCGAGCGGCUCCUCGAGAUGGCGUGUGGUGAGGAUGUGGCUGACGAGCACGUGAGCGCCUGGAUUCGGCGACGCGACGAGCUUCUCCGUUCCCAUGUCCCGGCGCGGGCUUCCUUGCAGGUUCUCCGUGAGCUCGGAGAACAGCUGAAGCGGCAGGUGGACGCGCCGACCGCCUCCUCCGUUCAGUCAGACCACCUGGCGCUUUCUCAGCGCUUGGCUGCGCUCGAGCGAGCGCUCGACAGACAACUCGUCACGCUGCAGACCGGCGUCCUGGACUAUGAGACCUUCAACCGGCAGUUAAACGCUUUAGAGGGCCGGACGGCAGAAGCCGAGGAAGCUCUCGGGGUGCGGGAUCCUGAUGGCUCCGCCGACCCGACUCUCGUCCAAGAGCGCAUGCGGGAGCUGGAGGAAUUGAUGAUGAAGUUCAGCGGAGCGGCACCGGAAUUGGAGCGACUCAACGAACUGGGUUACCGGCUCCCGCUCAACGACGGCGAGAUCAAACGCGUGCAGAACCUCAACAGAAACUGGACAGCGGCCUCGGCGCAGACUGCCGAGAGAUUUAGCAAACUGCAGUCCUUCCUGCUUCAGCGGCAAACCUUCUUGGAAAAGUGCGAGACCUGGAUGGACUUCUUGGUCCAAACGGAGCACAAUCUAGCCGUGGAAAUCUCCGGCAACUACCAGAGUUUGACGGAGCAACAGAAGGCUCAUGAGUUGUUUCAGGCUGAGAUGUUCAGCCGGCAGCAGAUCCUCCACUCCAUCAUCAGUGACGGACAAAAGAUGUUGGAACAAGGUCAAGUGGAUGACAGGAAGGAGUUCAACCUGAAGCUAGCGCUGCUGAGCAACCAGUGGCAGGGUGUGGUGCGGCGUGCUCAGCAGAGGCGCGGCAUCAUCGAUGGCCUGCUCCGCCAAUGGCGGCGCUACCGGGAGAUGCUGGACAAGCUGCUCAAGUGGCUCCUGGACGCCGAGCCGCCGGCCGAGGGUCUUCGGCCCGGGACCGCCGUUCCUCUGCAGCGGGCUCGCGCCAUGUUGGACGCAGUCCAGCUGAAGGAGAAAGUUCUGCAGCGGCAGCAAGGCAGCUACAUCCUGACGGUGGAGGCCGGCAGACAACUGUUGCUGUCGGCCGACGGCCCGGCCGAGGCGACGCUACGAGCCGAGCUGACAGACGUCCAGCGGCGCUGGAACCGAGCCACUGGGUGCCUAGAAGAAGCCGGGAGGGAGCUCGCCGCUUCGUUGAAGGACUGGGAGCGCUGCGACAAAGGCAUCGGUGCGUCUUUGGAGAAGCUGCGGGCCUUCAAAGCGCAACUGGCUCAGCCGUUACCCGACCACCACGAUGAGCUCCAGGACCAGAGGAUGCGUUGCAAGGAACUGGAGGGCGCCCUGGAAGGCUGGACGGCAGAUUUGUCCCACUUGAGCGUCCUGAGAGAGUCGCUGACUCGCCACAUUAGUGCCGAGGACCUGCGCGUGCUGCAAGAGCGCAUGGAGCUGCUGCAUCGCACGUGGGACCAAAUCUGCCACCAGCUGUCUCUGCGCGGGCGGCAGGUGUCGGAAAAGUUGAACGAGUGGAGCGUCUUCGGGGACAAGUACAAGGAGCUGUGCGAGUGGCUCACCUCCAUGGAGGCCAAGGUCUCGCAAAACGGCGACGUCAGCAUCGAGGAGAUGAUCCGCCGGCUGCGCAAGGACUAUCAGGAGGAAAUUUCAGUGGCCGAAGAGAACAAGGUGCACCUCCGUCAGCUCGGUGAGCGUCUGGCCCGGGCCAGCCGCCCCGACAAGGCCGCCGAAAUCCAACACAAGCUCGGCAAAGUGGACGAGCGCUGGCGGCACCUCCUGGACCUGGUCGGAGCCAGAGGUAAGAAGCUGAGGGAGACCCUGGCGGCCGUGCAGCAGCUGGACAAGAACAUGAGCGAACUGCGCACCUGGCUGGCCGGCGCGGAGGCCGAGCUAUCUCGACCCAUCGCCUACGACUCUUGUGAUGUCCAAGACAUUCAACGCAAGCUUCAUCUGCAACAGGAGCUUCAGAGCGACAUCGAGAAGCGCAGCGGUGGCGUGGCGUCGGUGCUGAACCUGUGCCAGGUCUUGCUGCACGACUGCGACGCAUGCGCCACCGACGCCGAGUGCGACUCCAUCCAGCGAGCCACGCGCAGCCUGGACCGUCGUUGGAGGAGUAUAUGCGCUUCCUCCGUCGAAAGGAGACUCAAGAUCGAGGAAACGUGGCGUUUGUGGCAGAAGUUCCUGGAUGACUUUUCGAACAUGGAGGAGUGGCUGGCCGCUUCCGAAAAGACUGCCGCGCUGCCUAAUUCCUCAGGGGUUUUAUACACCGAAGCCAAGGAAGAACUCAAGAAAUUUGAGACCUUUCAGCGGCAGGUCCACGAAAACCUGACGCAGCUGGAACUGCUGAACAAGCAGUACCGCCGCCUGGCCAGAGAAAACCGUACGGAUGCCGGCGGCGGCCUGAAGGAGAUGGCCCAUGCCGCCAACCGCCGCUGGGACGAUCUGCACAAGAGGGUAGCGGCCAUCAUCCGCCGCCUCAAGCACUUUAUCGGUCAGAGGGAGGAGUUUGAGACGGCCAGGGACGGCAUCUUGGUGUGGUUGACCGAGAUGGACCUGCAGCUCACCAACAUAGAACACUUCUCCGAAUGUGACAUCCAGGCCAAAAUUAAACAGCUCAGGUCGUUCCAGCAGGAGAUCUCGCUGACCGCAACCAAGAUCGAGGCCAUCUUCGCGCAGGGCCGAGGUCUGAUGGAGAAGAGCGAGCCGCUGGACGCUGCCGUUAUCGAGGAGGAGCUGGAGGAGCUGCGACGCUACCGCCGGGAGGUCUUCGGCCGAGUCCGCCGAUACUACAAGAAGCUCGUCCGCCUGCCAUUGGCCGAGGACGACGGCGAAGCUUCGCCGUCGGACCGUGAACCGGAUGAGGGUGGUGCCGAGUCGUUGGGCGCGCCGCCCUGGGGCGAUGGCUUCCCUUCGUCGCCACCGCCUUCCUCGGGACGCUCGCGCGCCGCCGAGCGCUCGGGCCGGGAUACGCCGGCCAGCGUGGAUUCCAUCCCGCUGGAGUGGGACCACGACUAUGACCUAAGCCGCGGCCCGGAGAGGAGUGAUGAGUCCCGCUUCCCGCCGCGCCCUGCCUCCGCCCUGUCGGGGGAGGCGGCCUCAUCGGACUCGCCGCCGCCACCGCCUGCCGCUGCUAUUGACCUGGAUACCUCCUACAUGGGAUACAUGAGACUGCUGGGUGAGUGUCGCGGCAACAUCGACACGGUGAGGAGGAUGGGCUACGAGUUGAAAGAGGAAGAGGACGCCGCGUCCGGAUUGGCCAAUCCCGUCGGCGCCGAGUUCCAAGCGUCCGGGGUGAUCGAACGCUGGGAGCUCCUGCAGGCUCGGGACCUCAGCGAGGAACUCCGUGGCAAACAGAACCGUCAGCGGCGGCGCCAGCUCCGCUCAGAUAUUGAAAACGUGCGCUCGUGGCUCUCGGAGGCGGCCGAUGAGCUGGAGCGCCAGCGGAAGCUGGACCCCGGCACUGACGUCCAGACCAUCCGCUUCCGCAUCAAGAAGCUCAAGGAGCUGCAGCGGGCCUGGGACGAGCGGAAAGGCGCGGUGCUGUCCGUCAACUUGUGCGGGGCUGACUUGGCGCGCUCGGAGACGGACGAGUCCGAGGAGCUGAGGGCCAAACUCAAGGACGUGAACGAGCGCUGGGACCGGAUGGCCGCCUCCUUGGAUGAAUGGAGGUCUUCGCUGCAGGGAGCCCUCAUGCAGUGUCAGGACUUCCACGAGAUGAGUCACGGUCUUCUGCUGUGGUUGGAGAACAUCGAGCGGAGGCGCAACCAGCUGGUCCCCGUCGAUCCGGUCCGGGACGUCAACACCCUGCAAGAGCAACACAAGGCGCUCACGCAAAUACGACAGGAGCUGCUGGACUCCCAGAGGAAGGUGUCGACGCUGCAGGACAUGUCGCUGCAGUUGCUGGUCAACUCGCAGGGCGGCGACUGCCUGGAGGCCAAGGAGAAGGUCCACAUCAUCGGCAACCGCCUCAAACUGCUGCUCAAGGAGGUUACCCGGGACUUGAGGGAGCUGGCCGGAAUCCUGGACCUAGGCGGCAGUCAGCAGGAUCUGUCAUCUUGGUCCUCUGCCGACGAUUUGGACAGCGGGUCCGGAUCGCUGAGUCCGGCCUCAGGGAGGAGCACCCCUAGCCGCCGCCGAUCGCAGCGGGGCAAAUGUAGCGUGUCACGGCGCGGCGGUCCCGUGAACGUUCCACAGCACAGGUGUCGCAGCGGCGCUGGGUGCGCUUCCUGCCCUUCUGAGGCCAGGGCGGCGCCUUCCUUGGCGCGCCGUGUCCUGCGGGUGGCGCUGCCCCUGCAGCUGGCUCUCAUGCUCCUGGUGCUGGUGGCCUUCCUGCUGCCCCUGUCCGAGGCCGACUACUGCGUGCAGUCCAACAACUUGGCUCACUCCUUCUACCCCAUGCUGAGCUACACCAACGGACCCCCACCCGUCUAGAAAACGGGAGGCCGUGCUUGGAAGGAACUGGAUGGCCACACUGACUGCUGGAAAAACGCCGCUCGUGCUUGACUGAUUGCUUAGACUGCUCCCCUCCCAUAAAAAAAAUCAUGUUGGGGGUCAUAAGAUGAGUGGCAACUUCACAGGCCUUCAGCUCGUAAUCAUAAAAAUGCUUGCAAUAUCUCAAAGGUGUUAACCCAUUGCCUGCCAUUGACGGUGCUAGACAUCCACUCUAUUUGAAACGGGGCGAGAAUGAACGGAGAUGCUUUGACAUCGAUAAGUGGCGAUGUACGACAUUAAGAUAUACGUAUAUCAUCAAAACGAUAUAAACUGUCUCGAGGAUAUCAUUUGGCCAAUGUUGUGUUAUAUUGGGCAGAAAGUAAAUGUUCAUGUCUGCAGCCCUUAUGAGCUAUGACCCAAACAUUACAGAAAAAAUAGCAGGCCAUGAAAUUAAAAACGAAACUAAAAUAUAACAACAAACUACAUAGCAUAACAAGCAAGUCCUGAAACAUUAACUGAAGAAAUAACCGUCACAGAACAUCAACUUGGAACUUUACAUCUGACAUACAGGUAGUCCCCAGGUUAUGAGAGAGUUCGUUCCUACGCUGGUGACUUAACCCUAAUUUCUGCAUAAAUCUGAAUUAACCCUUUAGGUACCCCUAAAUCUCAAAGUAACUAUCCAAAAACAUUAUUAUUGUACUGUUCUCGCCGAGACGUCGGAGCUAAAUCCUAACUAGACAGCGAGCUAAGCUCCGAAAUGACAAUGUCAGACGUCCGUGUGGUUUGCCGUCUCUAUUCAGCUGCUCAUGACAUCAACACGUGCAGAAUGUAACUACACUGCUGGACAAAAGUAUUGGCACUACUGCAAUUCUAUCAGAUAAUGCGCAAUUUCAAAUGCUUUGGUUGUAAUAGAUUUAUUCAUUUUGCUCGCAAUGGAAAAAACACAAAAGAGAAUGGGGGGG